AUGCCGCGCACUCCCAAGUGGAUCCCGUGCGCCUGUGGGUACCACUGGGCCUGGAAACGCCAGGUCGAGUCGGGUGAAAAUACCCACUGUGCGUGCUGCGGCAGAAACUGGCAGAAGCAGCUGAACAAGCAGCAAGCAAGCAAGGAAGCCCGUGCCGAGCAAUCCCAGAGCCCCCGAGCUGUCUGGGAGGACGGCCGCACCAAAGGCAAGGGCAAAGGAGAAGGCAAGGGUUCCAAGAACCCUCCAGGUGGCAAAGUCGGCGCGGUACUCGCGGGUCUUUGGAAAGACCUUCCUGAGGCUGCACAGAAAGCCUUCCAGGAGGUCGGGUACAGCCCACCUCGGCCGAAAGGGCCACCGCCUCCCCCGCCUGGACUGGACCUCCAGUCCCUCCUUAAGGGUAGGAUGACCGAGAAGGAGUACAACGCUGCCAGGGCCGUGGUCUACGCGGGGGCAGGGCUCCACGUCCAGACCCUUUUGGAGGAGGCCACCAACCAGAUGAAGAAUCUGGUAGAGAAAAAGGCCAAGCUCCAGGUUGACAAGGACAUCAAGGCCAAGGAUGUCGAGAUCCAGGAGACGGCCAAGGCUUUCAAAGAGAUGACGGCGGACUCCACCAGCACCGCUUUCAGCGCCCUGGAGGCGGUCCUCUCGGAGGCCGGCCACGAGCUCAACGAGGCCACCCGGGCCAAGAUGAAGGCUGCCCUGGUCGGGAAGGAGGACCUCCCCCCGGACCCCUUCAUUGUGAGUUUCAGAGGGCAUGAUGAGUACUUCCCUCGGGAGAUGCCCCCCAUGUACGGACCUGCCCGCACCGACUCGCGUGGGAAGCGCCCCACACCUUUGGAAGGGACGAAGCCAGAGGGAGCCGCAGGCAGCGACAACCCCGAAUAG